AUGACAUCAAAACCGAAUCCGAGUCCAUACUAUCGAGCUAGUGCAUGGUCGAGAUUCUUUCAUAGUUGGGUGCUAUUGUUAUUAAAAACGAGGCGUGAUCAGAAAACAUUGCAUCUGCCCGAUCUAUACGACCUCCUUCCACAUCUGGAAUCAACGAAAUUAACUGAACGGUUGGAGGCAAAUUGGCUCGAUGAAGUCAAACAAACAAAUCGACAGCCAUGUCUAUUUCGUGCCACUCUACGAACGCUGGGAUGGACGCCAUUUUUAGUUGGUUUGUUACUCAUACCGAACGAUAUUGCUAAAUUUGCUCAACCUAUUCUUCUAACAUACUUAAUGAGUUUUUUCGAAUCAUGCUCAACAAUGCCUGCAUGGCAUGCAUGGUUGUAUAUUCUGGGAAUAGGUCUUGCGUCAUUAACAUCGAAUAUAUUUUAUAAUCAGUAUUUCUACCGAAUAGCUACGUGUGGCUUGCAGAUGCGUAUCGCAUAUAGUGGUUUAAUCUACCGAAAAAUUCUUCGAUUAUCCAGCCAGUCGAUGAACGGCCUAAGUUCAGGUCAAAUAACCAAUUUAGUAUCGAAUGAUGCGAGUCAGAUUGAAUUAUUCUUCCAGUUCGUCCACUAUAUUUGGGCUGCGCCGUUAGAAAUGAUUUUUGUUCUCGGCUUCUUUUGGAGUUAUGUUAAGUACAUUACAUUUAUAGCAGCUGGAUAUACUUUAACACUUCUACUUGUUCAAGUUUCUUUCGGUCGUUUAUUUGUUUAUCUUCGAACGAGAAUUUUACAAGUCACUGAUGAACGAGUGAAAAUCAUGUCUGAAAUUAUCAAAUCAAUGCGCAUUGUUAAAAUGUACUGUUGGGAGUCAGCAUUUAUAAAUGUUAUUCAAUCUAUAAGGAGACGAGAAGUUAUACAAUGUGCGUUUCGACUAUUACUUGAUUGUAUUCAAACAUUAUUAUCCCACACUUACAUAAGCAUUACAUUCUUAAUGAUGUACGGAACCAUGUGGUCCUUAGGAUUUCAAAUCAAUACAAGAUUCUUCGCGGUCGCCUGUUGUAUGCUUGGUUAUAUGCGUCUGUCUGUGGUGGAUUUUUUUAGCUAUGCAAUUCGCAAUCUUGUCUAUUAUCUGGCUGCGAAAAAGCGUAUCGAAAACUUUCUUCUUCUGGAUGAGUCUGAGCGUGAUAAUCGUUUAUUAUCGACGUCUACAGUUGAUCUUCCCACAACUGAGCAGAAUUCUAUGGAUACUCAACUAACGAGACGUAAAUCAUUGAGUAUCGUUUGCGAGUUGAACAAUGCAAGCUGGGAACGGAACGGAAAUUUUGAAUUGAAAAAUAUCGUCUUUCACGCACGUCCAGGUGAUCUGAUCUGUAUUAUUGGGCCUGUUGGAUCGGGCAAAAGUUCUCUUCUCCAAGCUUUAACUGGUGAAAUACCAUGUUUCGAUGGUAAAGUUAGAUUAUACGGUUCUUUUUGUUACGUCCCGCAAGAACCAUGGAUUUUCUCAUCAUCGAUUAAAGAAAAUAUUCUCUUUGGCAAAAGCUUCAAUCAUAAACUAUUUCAACGUGUGGUUAACGCUACUGCACUCGAUAUAGAUUUUCGAAAUCUAGCACAUGGUGCACAUACCCUUGUUGGUGAUCAAGGUGUCAUGUUAUCAGGAGGUCAAAAGGCAAGAGUCAAUAUGGCGAGAGCGUUGUAUCGUGAUGCAGAUAUUUAUCUGCUGGAUGAUCCAUUAUCUGCAGUCGAUGCUAGAGUAUCAAAACAUCUUUUUGACAAAUCAGUCAAGAGCUAUUUACGUAAAAAAAUCUGCAUCUUGGUCACGCAUCAAAUUCAGUUCCUACAAGAUGCAACAAAAAUUAUUGUACUGGACAAUGGUGAAAUGGUACAAAUGGGUACAUAUACGGAGUUACUAUCUUCUUCGGCAUCGUUUGCUCGACUACUGGAAGAUAUUAAUCAACAUCGACAGGAAAAAGAAAAACCAGAAGUAGGGGAAACGGUUCCGCUGAUAGCCCAAUUGUCAAAAAUGAACUCUGUGAAUUCGGAGAAAGCGGAAGACGAUGCAGAAGAUCUGUUAUCGAAACCGACUAAUGUUGAAAUCAAGCAAGAAGGAAUAGUCAAAUGGAGUGUAUAUGCUUCAUAUCUCCGAGCUGGAAUCGGUUUAGUGAUUGGUCUGCUUGUUAUUAUGACGAUGAUUUCCUUGCAACAAGCUGCAGCACUGUAUUCGAGUUGGUGGUUGGCGCGAUGGAGUGAUGCUGAAACUCAAAGACAUCUUGUUUUCAGUAAUUGUUCAACGUUUAUUGCCGAGAAAACCAAAACAAUUCGUGGCAUGGAUAACAAGCAAUGGAAUGAUUAUCGUAACGACCGAUUCUACACAUAUUGCGGCAUUGUAAUUGUUCUCGUUUCUAUCACCAUGGUACGAGUAACCAUUAUCGAAUUUAUCUGCUUGAACGCUGGCCGAGUGUUGCAUAAUAAAAUGUUUCGUCGAUUGAUCAGAAGUCCAAUUUACUUUUUUGACAUGAAUCCUGUUGGCCGUAUUUUGAAUCGAUUCACAAAAGAUGUAGCAAUCAUGGAUGAUAAUCUUCCAUUAACUAUGUUCGAUUUUCUUCAAUGCUUAUUUCAAGCUCUGGGCUUUGUCGUCCUCAUUGGUAUACUGAAUCCCUGGGCGUUCAUACCAGCCCUGUUUGCUGGCGCUGGCAUGUUAUUUAUAAGAUAUCACUUUGCUCGAUGCUUGCGAGAUCUGAAACGAAUCGAAGGUGUGACACGAAGUCCUAUCUACUCGCAACUAUCGUCGACAAUAUACGGUGUCAAAGUGAUACGAUCCUAUCAUGCGGAAAAGAUCGCUCAUAAUGAGUUCUAUCGUCAUCUGGAUGAUAAUACCCGUGUCAAUUAUUUGUUACUCACUAUGAACAGAUGGGUUGCUAUAAGAUUUGACUGGAUUGCUUUCGCCUUCAUUUCUAUUGUCACAAUACUAGCUAUGGUCGUUCGUCUAACACAACAAGCAUUUUCUGCUGCAGAUAUUGCUCUCACACUUUCAUUUGGUCUUAAUUUGAUGGGUCUCGUUCAAUGGACUAUUAGACAAUCAGUUGAAGUUGAAACACAAAUGACUGCUGUCGAACGAGUACUCGAGUAUUGUGCACUCGAACAAGAACCACCUGCUCAACUUCCACCACAUCUCCCCUCACCUCCAUCCAACUGGCCCACACAUGGUCUCAUCAUCUUCGAUAAUGUCUCCAUGUCACAUUCCGCAAACUCAUACACAUCACUUGCACUCAAUCGCAUCUCCUUGUCGAUCAAUCCUGCAGAAAAGAUUGGCAUUGUUGGACGAACAGGAGCGGGCAAGAGUUCGUUAAUCCAGACCCUUUUUCGCAUGGGCAUCAUUGUUCAUGGUCGCAUCAUCAUCGACGAUAUUGACAUCGAAACAGUUGGACUCGACGAUGUUCGACGUCGAAUCUCGAUCAUUCCACAAGAUCCGGUGCUGUUCACUGGAACAAUGCGAAGCAAUCUCGAUCAGUUCGGUGACUAUUCUGAUUCGGAGAUCUGGUAUGCACUCGAACAGGUACAACUGAAGAAAGUGGUAAAUGAUGUGAUGACGAAUGGUUUGCAGUCGUUGGUGAGUGAAAGUGGAUCGAAUCUGAGUGUUGGUCAAAAGCAGUUGGUGUGUCUUGCGAGAGCGAUCUUGAAGAAGAGCAAGAUCUUGGUGAUUGAUGAAGCAACUGCGAAUGUGGACAACGCGACGGAUGAAUUGAUCCAGCGGUCGAUUCGUGAACAGUUUCGAGAAUGUACAGUAUUAACAGUUGCUCAUCGUCUUCGAACAGUGAUUGACAGUGAUCGAAUAUUGGUACUUGGAAACGGUGAAGUAUUAGAGUUCGAUGCGCCACAUGUGCUAUUAUCAAACAAAGAAUCUCAGUUUACUUCACUUGUUGAACAGACGGGCGCAGCAGAGGCUGAUCAUCUUCGAUCGUUGGCAAGUAUUGCUGCACUGAAAUCAAAGAUCAUAGUUGACAACCAUGAUGAAGUGCAACCAGAUGAUUCUGAACGUGAUCCACUAAUCAAAUAG